AUGGGUUCGGAUCCGGCCUGGGUCGGGAAGACCUAUCCAACGUUCCUGCACAGCAAAGGCAAGAGGACGUACGGACCGUUCGUUGUGGAGAUAUUGAAUUAUCACCAAUACCCCUCAAUGACCUCUCAUAUGGUAAAGGUCAUGAAAAAGUUACGCUACGACGUGCCCCUAAUUAGAACUGAGCCCAAACCGGGUAAGGGACUCAGUAAUAAGCUAGUGAGUUGUUAUACAGCAUGGUCUAUUUCUUAG